UGAAUUAGCCUCUUAGAUCUGAAUAACACGCGCUCUCAAACAAAAGGAAGUGUUGAAGGAGAAGUUACGCUUUCGGCAACCUUGCCUCGUCUUACAUGUUCUACUGUUAUUCGAAGCUCGGAAUUUAUUUGUAACGGAUCUAAAGGAAGCGCGAGUUUUGAAUCAAUGAAUUUUGAUCAGAUUUUGUCUGCUGUGGGUGGCUUUGGUAGAUUCCAAAAGAUUCUGUACAUAUGGAUCUGUCUCCCGCAGAUCCCGUUGGCCUUUCACAUGAUGGCCAGCAUCUUUACCGGUGCUACGCCUCCGCAUUGGUGCCUGGAUUCGCCAGCCGUCUCCAGUAACAGCUCUGACCCUGAAUCAACGGGUAACAUUUCUGACACCGGAGUGGCAAGCCAGAACUUAACCACCUCUUUCCUCUUCGAGCGUGCGGAGACCUGUAGACCUGUAGUCAACCGGAGCAGUCCUUCCUCGUGCAGCCAUGGAUGGAAAUACAGCCGCGAGAUAUUUCACAGCACCAUUGUCACCGAGUGGGACUUGGUGUGUGACAGAGCCAGUCUGAACAGUCUGGGGUCUUCCAUCUACAUGCUGGGUUUAUUGGUUGGGGCAGCGGUUUUUGGAGCUAUGGCUGACAGGUAUGGACGGAGGUUCUGUCUGCUCUUGUCUCUGGCGCUACAGGCUGUGUUCGGCGUUUCUGCUGCCUUCGCUCCAAACUUCCCCACGUACGUGCUGCUGCGCUUCGUGCUGGGAACCUCCAUCUCCGGAGUCAUCAUGAACGCCUUUGUGCUGGGGACGGAGUGGACAUGUACGCAGCGGCGCAUGCUCGCAGGCAUCUUCACAGACUACUUCUUCGGCGUGGGCUACAUGCUGCUGGCAGGCAUCGCAUACCUGCUGCGCGAUUGGAGGCAGCUGCAGCUGGCCAUCUCUGCUCCAGGAUUCAUUUUCUUUUUUUACAUCUGGCUUGUCCCUCAUUCUGCGCGUUGGCUGCUGGUUAAGGACCGCACAGAGGAAGCCAUUACUCUUCUGAGGAAAGCAGCCCAGGUCAAUGGACGACCUUUCCCCUCUUCUCUGCAGGUACAUCUCAUAGGCCAUAUCCCAAAAGUAAUUAGCACAUUGGCAAUAUUGUUAAUGUUACCACUAGUGAUUUGGCUUUUAAUGUUCGAUACUGCAGGCGAGGGGAAGGCUCAGUAUAGCGCCAUGGACCUGCUGAAAACUUCAGAGAUGAGGAGGAGAUCCUUCAUCUUGUUUUACCUGUGGUUUGUAAAUGUGCUGGUGUAUUAUGGCCUCUCUCUGGGCGUGUCCAGUCUGGGGGUGGACCUCUACUUCACACAGUUCAUCUUCGGAUUGGUGGAGAUCCCUGCCAGAUCAGUGGUUCUGGUGGUGUUGCCAUGGAGUCGGAGAAUUCCCCAGAGCUUCUUUAUGGCCGUGGGCGGUGUGGCGUGCCUCCUCACACUCACUGUGCCAGCAGGUAAACAUGGCUUAUCACCACGGAGAUAUUCACCUGGUCUAACGUCUAAACCGCAGUGGAAAUGGGCCACCUCUCCUCCUGCUCCACGGUUCCUGCUCCACGGUUCCUAA